GCAUUGCAAAAGCAAGGAACCUAUGGUCCUGGCCAGAGUCACUUCUACAAAUUGUGUCAAGCAAGAGACACUAAGAGGCAAGAUCUAGAGCCCGUCACUAGGUGGCCUUACACUGUCGUUUCUGUUGUGCUGCGUUAUCCUGACAGUAAAAGGACUAGCUAGCAGAUGACAGGCCAUCGUUUCCACAGCACCGCACAACAACUAUCCCCCCUCCAGAUGAGGCGUCCCGACGAAUUCAACUCGCAGAUAUGGGAGCAGAGCUGCGAUACUCCUCAGUUCAGUCUUUUCCCCAGAAGCAGAGCCUGCGUACUUCCGUGCCCAGCAGCGCAUCUGUGGAUAGUGCGCAGCGCAGCGCUUCUCCUACGUGAUGCACAAUUCCAUGUAUAGAUCGGCGCAGCGCUCCACCUGCGUGGCAAGCACAAAUGCAUGUAUGGAACGGCCAAUAGAAGCGCUGGUGCGCGGACCAGAACAGCGCGGCCUUGGAGUCGCGGCCGCCGCGAUUCUUGGCGGCGGCGUGCGGCAGCUGGUGGUGCAUCACGUUCCACAGCAGCCCCCACAGCCGGCGGGAUGCUCCUCGGCGAAGAUCAACUCGGCGGCGCCCUUGUAGCGGAGGAUGCGGCUGACGUAGGCGCCGGCGGCCGUGAGGCCCAUGCAGGAUAUGCAGGAGGUGGGGGAGUUCAUUCGGAUACGGCAGGACACUGUACCGCAAGGUGGCACAACCUCACAGCUAGCUACAACCAACACUCAUGUGCGUGCGUGCCCCCCUCCGUUCUCACUUGUUGUGCUCAUGUGCUGGUUCCGCCAUGCAAGGCGUUGUGCCACGAGCGGGUAACAUAGCCCUUGACAGGAACAGUCCAGCCAUGCCGCACCAUUCAUGUACAUUGCAAUUUGUCUGGCUUGACAGUACGUGAGAGGGCACUGGGCAGCCAGCCAGUCAUGCAGUGCCUCAACCGCCAGUCCAGUCUGGUUGGAGUCUGUGAGGACCGGGCGGGCAGUGUCGGGUGUGUCGGGGGCAUGUGGGUUUGCUGACGGGGGGGGGGUAAGAUCAUUCAUGACCCAACACAACGAUCAGCGGCGCGCGGCCACCCGCUAAGAGCAAACAGCUAGUCAUCGGCGGGGUACUGGGAGCACUGCUGGCAGCACUGGGAUCAGGCCGGGAGCGAAAACAGAGUGAAGAACUUGCGGAGGGUGGAAUGUGUGUGUGUGAUGGGACAAUGUAAAGGCAGGUUGGCGAAGUCAAAGGGUGGAAUGUGGCCAUGUGGGAGGCCGCAACGCGUAAGCACAAAGGUGGUAAGCGAAGCUUGGGUUCAUCCUGGAGUGCGGGGCUCACGAGUCGGGUGGCUUUUAUUGAAAUUUGUUGCUGGAACUGGCCUAAUUGACAUUUGGCUCU